AAAGGAAAUAACUGGAUAAUUCAACAAGAAAAGCUAAGAGAGGUUCUUCACAGCGAAAGAAGCUGCACAAGAACAAGAAGUGGAAAAAAAAAUGGCAAUAUCUUCUUCAAUCACUACUACACUAAUCCCUUCUCUCGCUACUUCCCCUUCUUUUGCAUCAAAACCAACAACAACAAAGCUCUUUUCUUGUUCUUCUUUGUCUUUACAAGCCAAUUCUUUUAGUAGUACCCUAAAACUCUCAACUUCAACAAGCAGGCUUUGUGCCGCUCCUGAGACUUUGGAUUCUCAAGCAACUCUGGACCCACCUCUAGAAACUACUGAUGAACCUGACUCUGAUAGUUUUCAGAUUGGAGAUUCUGAGACUUCCAGUUCUCCAUCAAUCAGCAUUGCUGCAGAUGCAGACAAGCUGGCACCAAAGCAAAAAAUCAGAAUUAAGCUUAGAUCUUACUGGGUGCCCCUGAUUGAGGACUCCUGCAAGCAGAUAAUGGAUGCUGCUAGAAAUACCAAUGCGAAGACCAUGGGUCCUGUGCCCUUACCAACAAAGAAGCGUAUCUACUGUGUUCUAAAAUCCCCUCAUGUGCACAAGGAUGCAAGAUUCCAUUUUGAGAUCAGAACCCACCAACGCCUAAUUGAUAUUCUCUACCCGACUGCCCAGACAAUAGAUUCAUUGAUGCAACUGGACCUUCCUGCUGGGGUUGAUGUGGAGGUCAAGCUCUGAAGAAGUAACACUAAGCUAGCUGUUGCAUUUUUCCAAGAAAGGCGUGCUAAGGGAACUAAUCCAUUCAAGAUUGGGGAAGUUGCUACUCAAACCAGAUUGGCAGACUUGUUAUACCUUUCUUACAAGGGUUUUUGUUUCUAUACUACUCUUGGUCGGAUGAAUUGUAAGAAAUGCUGUGUAAAAAAAAUUCAGUUACGCUGAUCAGAUUUUAGAAGUGAAAAAUAGGAAUAGAGAGCUUCUUUUUGAAUGUUCAUUAUGUUAUGAUUAGCAUCAGCUUUGAUGCAAGACUCUUGAGGAAUGAAAUUCUCAAAUUGCAGAUGA